AUGCACAACGGAAGAAAAUGCUGCCUGAUCAUGCGCCAUCCCCAGUUAUCAGCUGCCAAUGAGAGCAUUGAGAUGAAACAAACAGGGGAAAGCAGUCCCCGCGCCGCCAGGCCCUGGGCUCCUUCGCCGCCGCCGCGCUCACGCUCGGGCUCCGAGGCCGAGGAGGCCGAGCUGUCGCUGAGCCUGGCCCGCACCAAAACCGGCUCGUACGGCAGCACCGCGAGCGUGCGGGCGCCACUGGGCGCCGGCGUCAUCGAGCGCCAUGUGGAGCAUCGGGUCUGCGCCGGCGACACGCUGCAGGGCAUCGCGCUCAAGUAUGGAGUCACGCUGCUACCUUUUUGCGCGGGGAAGUGGCGGGACCGUGUGCGCGCCCCGGUGGGCGCGCGACGCUACAGGACGGUCGCCGCCCCCCCCCCCCCGGGUAAGUUCGAAAAUGGCGGAGGGGGGAAGAAGGUGGGGCUUGGCUGGGCGGGAGGGCGCUCUCGAGGCGGGGGCGGGUGUGAAGGAGCGGCGGGGCUGUGGGGCGGCUGGGGCAGGGAGAAGAACAGUGCGCCCCGGGCCUCUUUAAGGCCCUUGACGUCCACGCACUUCGGGGGCCCACACUUGGGGUUCCUUCGAGGGGUGGGCAAGCUGGUGGACGCGGGUGAGGACGACGCCAGGACUUCCGUUUCCUUCUAG